AUGGCUACCAACAGACUUGCGAACAAAAAUAUCCUCCUUAUAGGUGGAACUUCCGGCAUUGGUUUUGCAACUGCGGAAGCUGCAUUGGCCAACGGAGCCAACAUCACCAUCAGCUCUUCUUCUGAAGAGAGGGUUGCAAGAGCCUUGGGGCGUCUACGCGAGAGCAAUCCAACUCGAUCUUCUGCAAUUCGCACCUAUGUCGCUGACCUCAGCACCAAAGAAAAGCUGGACACGACAAUCGAAGCCCUCCUCGAAUUCACCGCGGAGGUCUCCCCUAUAGAUCACAUUGUCUUCACGGCUGGAAACAUCCCGCCUCUUGCUUCGUUAGCGGAGGCCUCUUUCUUGGAUCUCGAAGCCUUCAUGACCGUCCGAGUUUAUGGGGCUAUAGCCGUCGGCAAACAUGCUCCUAAGUACAUGGCCAUCGGCAAGGAAUCCUCGAUCACUUUAACGAGUGGAACCCAAGCUAGAAAGCCAUCUCACUGGCUUCCACCUGUUGUUGCAGGAGCUGUUGAGGGUCUCAUGAAAGGACUGGCUGUGACAUUGUCACCUGUGCGAGUCAAUGUUGUCUCACCUGGACGUAUAAUUACGGAGCUAUUGGAUCGCAUACCGAAGGAGAUGCUUAAGCAACAGUCGGAAAAAGCUAAAGAUCUGUCUCUUACCAGAGAUGUUGGAUAUCCAGCCGAUACUGCCGAAGCGUAUUUGUAUCUGAUGAAGGAUUAUUUUGCCACGGGGUCGGUCGUGACCACUAAUGGUGGAGUUUUGUUAGUCUAG